GGCUGGGGGAGGAGGCAGGGCCGGCCGUGCCUUCUGAGAACGCGCCUUCCUUUGCGCGUCUCCCCCGCGCGCCGGCGGCCGUGGUAUCGCCCAAGGCGGAAGGGGCUCCUGGACAGAACCUGUUCGCUGGCGCAGAGAUGGCUGCGGGCGUACCCUGCGCGCUAGUCACCAGCUGCUCAUCCACCUUUUCCGCAGACCGGCUAGUCCAACAUAUCCUUGGAACAGAAGAUCUUAUUGUGGAAGUGACUGCCAACGAUGCCGUGAGGUUUUAUCCCUGGACCAUUGAUAAUAAAUACUAUUCAGCAGAUAUCAAUCUGUGUGUGGUGCCAAACAAAUUUCUCGUCACUGCAGAGAUUGCAGAGUCUGUCCAAGCAUUUGUGGUUUACUUUGACAGCACACAAAAAUCUGGUCUCGAUAGUGUUUCCUCCUGGCUUCCACUGGCAGAAGCAUGGUUACCUGAGGUGAUGAUCUUGGUUUGCGAUAGAGUGUCUGAAAAUGGUGUAAACCGACAGAAGGCUCAAGAGUGGUGUAUCAAACAUGGCUUUGAAUUAGUAGAACUUAGUCCAGAAGAGUUGCCUGAGGAGGAUGAUGACUUCCCAGAAUCUACAGGAGUAAAGCGAAUUGUUCAAGCCUUGAAUGCCAAUGUCUGGUCCAAUGUAGUGAUGAAGAAUGAUAGGAGCCAAGGCUUUAACCUUCUCAGCUCAUUGGCUGGAGCAAACCAUAGCACUGGAUCAGCAGAGACCUGCCACUCAGAGCAGCCCCAGUUGCCAGCAGCAGAGAGGACUGAACCCCUCUUGGAUAAUCGAGGUGGUGCAUCUAAUACAACAGACACUCAGGUCGAUAGCAUCGUGGAUCCCACGUUAGACCUGGAUAUUCAAGAACUAGCCAGUCUUACUACAGGCGGAGGAGAUUUGGAGAAUUUUGAAAGACUAUUUUCAAAGUUAAAAGAAAUGAAAGACAAGGCUGCGACGCUUCCUCACGAGCAAAGAAAGUUGCAUGCAGAAAAGGUGGCCAAAGCUUUCUGGAUGGCAAUUGGGGGAGACAGAGAUGAAAUUGAAGGCCUUUCAUCUGAUGAAGAACACUAAAUUAUUCAUGCUAGGGCUUGACUAACAAAGACCCUAGCUCUCUCUACCUGAGAUACUUCCCUACUCAACCCAGUCAUCUUUUGCUGAACUCCCCAUCAUCAUGUUGGCCGCCUGACUUGUUUAUAGGCUCCCGUGAAUUUUAGUUUUUCGUAGGGGGUAAAGCAGAAAUCUCUUCUCCCUCAGAAUAUCGUAAGGGAGUGAGAAUGACAGUAAGGAGUGAGAAAUUCUCAAAUACACUUUUCUGCUCUAGGAACAGGAGUGGGAUGAGGCUCAAAGGCCUGUGUGAUAUGCCCAAGUUAAAGAAGAAGAACCACCAAGCCACUCCUAGUCAGUCUUUUAAGCAGCAUUCCCUGCGUUCACACUUAAUCACUACAGAUCGGAAGCUUGUGCCACCUUUCCUGGGUUGUGGAUUUUUUCUGUCAAGGAACUUGCUGCUCUGAGGUUUGAUGCUUUUGAUGGGAGGAAAGAUUUAAUUUGUGCUGUAGUAUAGACUAUGUGCCAAAGCCACUGGCCCUCAGGUUAGUCUCUAGCUAAAAAAAAAAAAAAAAAAAAUGCAUCUGGGCAUUUCAUUUGAAAUAUAGUAUCUGAGCUCAUGCUAGAAAGUAUUGAGAAACCAUUGUGAAUUUUUAGACUGUAAUAAAUGAUGCAAGAGUUUCCCACUCUGGUAGGGAUAAAAUAAACCCUUCUCUACCAAGUUGUGGGUCUGUCGGUACGCGUGUGUAAGAGAGAGAAGCUUAAGGAAUUCCCUCUAUAGGCCACUGAAACGGUAUGAUCAUAUCUUGAGAUUUUUUGCAUUAGUGUUACCAUGGAGAAAGUCUUCUUUCUUAGAGUUCGCUACUUGAGAUGGCAGAGCUGUGUUGUCACAACUCAUACCCUCAAAACAAGGCAAGUUUCCUUUUCUCUUUCUGAAAGCCAGAGAUCACUGCCAAAAUAGUAACACUAAGGAGUGGGCGUGGUGGGAAAGGAUAUGAAAUGUUAGGCAGUGAACCCCUGAGUACCUUGUGUUACUUCCAGGGCUGGGUGGGUCAGCUCCAGGGGAACUGAUCACCAAGGGGAACGUUUCCUGAGGAAGAGUGGGAAAUACAGCAAAAUGUAAUCCUUAUUUCUGUUUUCGUAGGCACUUCGUAAUGCAUGUCAUGAGCCUUCACUGUGGUAGUCACUGCCAUGGCUCUAAACUGGCUCAGGGCACAUGGCCUGAGAACUGCUGCUGGCCUAGUGUGGGUAGGAACCUCUUAGGUCACCAGCAGAAACAAGUUUCAGACACCUUUGUGCAACUCCUUCUAAGCAUUGCAGGACCUGACAGAUGGCAGAAUGACUGCAAUGCUCCAGGUUCCGGGCCAGGGCGACUGCGGGAGGGAAGGUUUCAGUGAUUGGAGCCAUUCCAGGGAACAUUGGAGGCUAUCUUGCUUGAUACUUUUUUCUUUUCUUUUCUCUUUUCUUUUCACUAUUCUGAAGGUCUUAGAGACUGUAGUUUACCAUCAUUCCUCCAGUGUUUCUUUGAGGUGACUGUAUCAGCCAUUGACUGGGAAUAUAAGGGAAGCUGGCUCUGGGGUUGCAAGAUGAAAGAACUUGGCCACAUCUAAUUCAGAGAAGCUGGAGAUUCAGGGACGCUAGACUCAGAUGGCUGAGUAAUAUGGGAUGUGGUUCAAGGACCAUAGAGCGUGUCAAGCCAUUACUGCAAACUACUUAUAACAAAGGAAAUGUGACCUAUUGCUAACUUCGUGUUCCCACCAUGGAGAGGUGAGGAUAAACAUUUUUGCCGUGGCCUGUCAGAUUCCCUUAACCUUGGGUCAGUCUCUUGACAAUGGCCAUCAAGAGAGCACGUGGAGUGCCCCUUGCCCUGCCCUGCCUUGGCCUGCCGUGGAAAAACAGUCUUUGAAGAAUCACUGUCUAAGGGUAAGAUGAGAGCUCCCUGAACUAUUCUGAGCUGGAGUGUUUGCCGAUACAAAGCUAAAUUUAGCCAACAUGUGUCCAGUGUGGUCAGAGGUUUGAUUCAUUGAACGUUCUGACUGAUGGAGACCAAGAAUGCUGGAUGAGUUAAGAGGUGCCUUUCACCCCCGACCCAAAAAACUUUAAAAUAGGCAAGACAGUUUAGCUUACAGCAUUCUGUCGUUAAAUACCCAUCUCAUAGAGGACUGUAGGCGGAGAAAGUGUGAAAAAUCAGGUCAAGUGUACCCCCUUAGUACAAGAUUUUAAAACAACACCCUAACAAUUAUUACUUGCCCAUAAUUUGUAUGUUCCUAAAAGCAUCAUGCUGACAGUACAGGGUGAAGUUCUAGUUUUGAUUUAGAUUCCACUUGGGGUUUAGUUUAGUGAUCCAUCCUUGCCCCUUUGGCAUGUAAGCUCUUGCAGAAAAGGGUCUUAGACGUUUUCUAAGUUUUAUAUUUUGGGCAUUACCUAUGCCUGUUAUUAACAUCACCAGCCUUGCUCUUAAUGUAGGUGUCUUUAUUCAGAGUUAAGUGUGUGUUACAGUUCCUCUAGUAUAGGAAGUAUCUUUCUCGAUCCUGAGGUGUUUCUUUGAUUUGCAGAAUGAAGAAUUGAGAAGAGGUAACAGCAACGGCGUGAUCUUUUGUUGGAACACCACUGAGCCCUGGUCCAGAGCUAAAUGAUGUGCUGUUCAACUUUGUUCCCCGUCAGAAACGUAUUGAUUCAAAACCUGGACCUAAUGGUUGUAACUAACUGCAUCUUUAGAACACAGGAAAUCUUAGGAAGUCAUUAAUGGUGUUAGAAGGCCUCAGACUUGAAGCUAAAGACGAGCACCUGCAACCUGUUCCUUUAUGCUGGUGAGAGCUGAAACGAGGACUCAGUGCAGCCAGCACUGGCUGGGACCCUCCUCGGUGACACACUGUGCUGGCCGUGGCCGAGCCUGCAGACUUGGGUGAUACGGAUGCUGCUGACCAGAGACCACACUUUGAGACCCACUGACUUUGAGGAAGUGAUGCUUGAAUUGAGCGUUUUGGGCUAAGAAUUUGGGCAGAUACGUGGGUGAAGGCUGCAAAAUUCUUAGUGGAAGCUAUGGCAUGAACAAAGGAAAAUCUGGCAGCAGGACUAGCCAACACCAAUUGAUUACCAGUCUGCCUGGAGAGCUGUGUUGAGAAGGAUCCUGAAGCUGAGAAUGGACCCAGCACUGUGGAGCUAAGUCAUGUGAGCUGGAGUGUGUGGAAACCUACUUCUUUCGGAACCUGAAACCUACCUCCAUUGCUUGUGGCAAGAUUAAUCCGGUGGCGUCCACUCACUUGCCAAAGGCUCUCAAAUACAAGGGAAACGAACGGGAAGUAACAACACAGAGACAGCGUCGCUGGGACUUGUGCGGCGCUGGGAGACGUGCCAACUGGGAGACUUGACACCUUCACGUGCCUGACCCGGAGCCUCCCGCUAUCCCUGCAGGACUGGCUGGCACCGCGUGUUGCCCUCGGUGAGUGAAUGAGGGCAGCGGGGCUGUGGCAGAAUGGGACCUGGCACAUCCUUGGUCAGAGUGCACUUGGGCUUGGAGACACUUUUCUCUGAAGCCCCCGGGGCCCUUUAACCUCUCCUCUGCACCCAGACGUGGCAGCGAGAAUGAGAGCGAGCUUCUGGCCCAGCAGCUUUUCAAUGAAAAGUUUAUUAGAAGGGCACUUACAGGGGAGAGAGAAGGAGAGAGAGGGCACAGUUCUUUAACAAUAGGGGUACAAUGCUUAAACAGGUGCUCUGCUCUUAAGAUAAAAGUUAGAAAAAUCUAAAACACUAUAAAUACAUACAUGCUUUUUACAAAGGUAUUAAAAAGGUCAGGCUGGCUGAGAAGGGAAGGUAAUCAACAUCCUCCGCGUUCUUCUUCCCCACCCAAACAGGAGUCCAGCCUAGUUGCAACAGCAGCACUGAGGGUGAAUGAGGGAUGGCUCCAUCCCUCUGUACAGUUCUCACCCCUAGAAAGGGAGAGGGGCUUGGUUCAGAGGCCCCCACGUAAGGGCCUGUAUUCGA